CAUAGCUUAGGUUACAAUAUCUUGAAGAUGAAUUAUGGAUUGCUAAAUUAUAUUCUAGUUUUGCUUUGAGAAACUAGAUAGCAAAGUUUAAUGCCAAUUGAUGUUGGCAAUGUUGGCAGUUCAUGAUAUUGUAUUUGUUAAUAAUUCCUUCCAUUGAUUUAAAUUAUUGCUGUGACAUGAGAUUCUAUAAGAGGCUUCAUGGUUCCAAAUCCCUAUUCCGAAAAAGUUUCCUUAAUAGUUUUUUCUUGGCCAACAAUUUCCUUUAUUGUUGAGGAUUCACUAUUUUAAUCCCCAAGUCCAAGGAAAUGGAAAUGAUGGUGUUAGCAGUUUCCCAUUUCCCUUUUGUGGUUGUAUUACAUGGUAGUAAUGGCCAAAGAAAUGGGGAAGAUGGUAGCACUUAGCAGUUAUGCUUUUGACAAUAAUUCAUUGAUAACGUUGGCAUCAAACGAGUGGAUGCAUACUAAUUCACACGUCCUGCCAAUCCGAACAAAUGUUGUCGAUCUAUCAUUUUCGCUUCCCUUCCCCCUUUUUCUAGUUGUAUUACAUUAUAAUAAUGGGAAUUAAUUCUCUGCCUGUUAUGUGUCAUUUUCUUCGAGCAGGUAACCAAAAGUUGUUUCUUCGUAAAAAGUAUCUGUUGAGAUGAAGUUUCAGGUGGGGAACGUGCCACCAUCAUCAGUGCAUUAAAGUGAGAGGGAAAACAAACAGUUUACACUUUACAGGUACCAACUUGUGAAAGAAUCACUACUGUUUUGAUGUGAACAAGUUUGGAAUUUGGUAUCAAACAUAUUAUUGGAAAUCAAAUCAUGGAAAACUGAUUCUUGGGAACCAACCAAAAAUGUAGAAAAUGGAUGUUUGUGAGAGCUUCAGCCACAACCCCAAAAGGAAGAAAAAAGAAUCCAGGGAAAAAAAUGACCCAGCUAAGGAUAUUCCACUAUUGUUUUAUCAUAUUCUCUGUUGUUGGUUAGAAAUUGUUGUCCCAUUGUACUUGGCAUACUGAAUUCCCUCGUCAAUUGUCAUUCUAAGUGAAAGAUUUUUUUUGGUUUGGAUUCCCUUAGUAAGAGAAUUUACUUAAAUUAUGUUCUUUUGCUCUGAUUCUUUGAUAGACUUCACUUUCUCUAGUCCUGUUAGCUUCCUUAUAUAAAUGAGCCUUAUUUGU